GAUGUUCCCGUUAUUCCCGCUGUUCAACAGCGUGAUAUUCAUGCUAAUUAAUCUGACGAUUGGCCUGAUCGUCUGCAAACGCUUCUUUGGAGAGAUGAGGACCCAUUACAAGCUGGUAGCCGAGGUCACGGAGUUCAAUUUCGUUGUCCGCCAGUCUCGAGAGAGCUUGCAGUACAUCGGCUCGAAAGUGUCGGAGGCGAUGAAAGAGAUCGAGGGUGACAUCGGCAGGGACCUGCACAUGACCCACCACGUGACGAAACUCAGCGCAAAAGUGGCUACGUUGCUUAAGAGGUACACGGCUUUCGAGGAAAGCGUCAUCGAGGUCGCCAGGAUGGACCUCAACACGGAGAACGCGGAGCUUCAGACUCCCUCGGACAUCAACGAGGAGGUGAAAAGGGCUCUGUCCGGGAAGAAACCGGAGGCCCGGCCGAGGACCCCGAAGAAGCCGAAGAUUUCCUCGGCCAGCUCCCUGGGGGGACAGAGUCCAGUCAUGCCGCAAGCCGCGAUCGGGUCCGGGGUCGCCAGAGACGUCAUCUCGGAGAACGCCGCCAGGCCCAGGACUCCUCUCGUGCCCGAGGUUAAAUUGCUGAACGACCGUAGGCCCCGUUCCGCGGCCAAGCCCAUCGGAUUCCGACCGUCCUGGAAGUGCGAAGCUUAG